GUUGGUGCGCAGGACUUUGGACGUGCCUCGGAUUUAAGACGAUAUGACAUGUCUUAAGAGACAACUUACACGGUGGAAGGGGUGCUAGGUUUGUCGUAAAGUUAACUAAAUAGUCAUUAGCAAUUUGUUGGAGACACUGAGAGCAAGAUGUAUCGUCAAGAAUACGGUCUGAAGAUCUGCGUGGUGCCAGGGUGAAUCCGUGGAUUCCUGACACGUAAACAUGUCGUCGGGGGUGCUACAUUCGGGACGUGCUGUGGACUAUUUUGACGACAGUUGCUUCGCGUGUAAAGAUCCACAAAGACUCUUUUUAGCUUUUAUACAAGUCACAGCCACUGUCACAUAGUAUCGUCUAUACGGCGAACUCGCUCAACUACAACAACAACUAGCAUUGUGUUCAGUCGUUUCCGUGCUCCUCACGAAUACAAUAUGGCGGUCAAUAUGGUAGGUCAUUCGCAAACCCUCGCAGUGACUAAGUCUAAAAUAGUUGCGACGUCUUUUAUUUUAUCCAUUGUAGUGACCCUCCUUACUCCUACACACUGGUGUGUAGCAGCGAUUAAUAACCCAACAGCAAAAACUGAACGGUCUGCAGACUAUGUAGUGAACUUAAACAGAAAAGAGACGCUUCCACCAACAAAUGUCAGAGUCGAAUCGAGAAAUCUUUACAACGAAGUUUGUUGGGAUGCAGGCGAAGACAACAACACGACUUUCGAUGCACAAUACAUCGACGACAUGGAAUAUAAGAUAUCGAAGGACACUUGGACGUUUAUUUCGGAUUGUAAAGGAGUGCCGGGCCCUUGCUGCACGUUUUUUGAUGACAUUUCUGUGAAGGAUGAAGAGACAGGGAAGCCACUGAGCCCCCGUACCAACGGAUGGUGGGUACGAGCUCGUGCAGUGGGUACCCUGGGACCGAGCCGAUGGACUACUACUUCAGAAUGGUUCAGCCCAUUCAAGCACACUGUCAUUGGUCCACCCGACGUCGACGUCAUCGCCACGCCAGCCAAUGAGGAAUCAGCUUCGCAGCUUCGCGAAUUGAACAUUCGAAUCAAACACCCCGUAACACCUUACUACAUGUAUAACGAACACAAUCAGGAAACUAUGGCAACCAUGGGAGACAUUGAAGGAUUUUUCGUUUUCUACAACGUCUCCUAUUGGAUGGACGAACACCGCGAGAACUCGCGAGACUUCGUAGUGGGGAAAUACAGCAUGCUGAACGAAGAGUAUAGUAUGGCGGGAUUUAGUCCGGGAACCGUGUACUGUGUAGAAGUGACUGGAUUUGUGGACUCUAUUUGGGUUGUACGGAAAGGACUACCAAGCGAGGCGGUUUGCAGAAGGACAGCAGAUGCCAAGCCUUCAACUGGACCGACCGAUGUAACCUGGCGACCCCUACCGGCCGCCAACUGCAGUGCAGUCACGCGUAGUUUCCGAGCAGUCCGUGUUCGGUGGAGCCCGCCUCCCGACAAUGACGCGAACGGUGUCAUCACUGGUUACAAGGUUACAAUAUCGCUAAACACAGAAACAGGUGAACAUGUAACGAUCAGAGACAGCGUUGACAACCAUAUACAACUGUCGGACCUGACAACUUUCCACGCCUACACCGUACAACUAUCGGCCUGUACGUCUGCAGGGUGUACCCAGGGGGAAAAGGUUCGAAUCCCUCCCCAUGCUGUCAAAGCGGUUGCACCAACGAAUUUGACCACAGCGGAAGUGACGUCAGAGAAGAUCGCCGUGACGUGGCUUCCGCCCAAGAAUGAGUACGAUUGCGUUGACGUGUACAAGCUUCGGUUUGUCGAGUUGUCAGGAGACACCGUGCGACAGAUCACAGUCACAAAUACAUCGGCCGUAUUAACCGCGCUCCAACCCGGUACUUCAUACAAUGUCUCAGUCUCUGCAGUCUACAAACGGUUCAGCCAUGGCUCCAAGUCUCCGGCUGUAGAGAGCCCACCUACGCCGUGGUUAACGGUCAGCACACGGCCACACAUCGUCGACUACAAACUUAUAGCAGUGUUAGUAGUUGUAGGAGGCUGUCUUGUCGUAGCCUUGAUCGUUACUUUGUAUUUUCUCAAGACCUUGCCUUCGGGAAAAGGUUCAGAAGAAAAUCAUUACGAAUUUUCAAAUCCUGAUAUCUUAGAUGACAUCAAGAUGUAUCCAGACAUGUCGCCGAUAACGUCCAGUUGGCAUAAGGGACAACGCGAGAAAGUAGAUUCGUGGGGGAAAGAAAUUAGAGCCUUGGCUAACUUGGAGUCACUGGUUCAAAUCCACGCCGAUCUUUGGGUGGCUCCGAACAUGGUAACGCCCAGUCGUGGUGGAUCGGUUGGGUCGGAUCCGGAUUCUGUAUCAACAAACUCCACGGGUCUUGGAGAUGGAGACUCGCUGAAGGAAAACUCUACAAACGAGCACUUGCCGCACGUGACACGCGCGACACUUAGCGACUACCAUUCAACAUUGCAGUACGCUGUGAUCGCCCCAGAUGAAAACAGUGGUGAAAGUGUAAAUGAAAGGAUGGAAGAAGACUAUGUUCGACAGGUGCCAUCUGCGACAUCUAGCGGCCGCGAGACAGAAAUGCAAUCAGAUGCAAUCGCUGCCAAUCAUUCGAAUGACAUCAAUGACUUAGAACGCCAAACAGCGUCAGUGAAAAACAACUCGUCCAGUGGCUAUGUCUUAGCUGCGACGUCUAGCGGCCGCGAUACAGAAAUGCAAUCAGAUGCAAUUGCUACCAAGCAUUCUUACGUCAAUGGCUUAGAAAGCCAAACAGCGUCAGUGAAAAACAACUCGUCCAGUGGCUAUGUCUUAGCCACGACGUCUAGCGGCUGCAAUAUGAACAAUCAGUCAGACGAAACUGCUGCUAAGCAUCCAAACGACUCCGGUUGCGGUACCCAGUCAGAAAGAGCGCAAGUGGAAGAGAACAUUUCCAGUGGUUACGCGUGUGUACAACACCACUCAGUUGCGACACCUAGCGGCUGCAAUACUGAUAUGCAAUCGGAUACAUUCGCUGUGAAGCAUUCAAACGAAUCCGGCUAUGUCACUUCAGGAAAUCAUAUAGCGCCAGUGAAAGACAACAUAUCAAAUGACUAUGCACGUAUACACCACCGCUCAGAUGCGACACCUAGCGGCAGCAAUACAGCAAUACAACCAGCUACGAUACUUCCUCCUCCAAAUGAGCUGUCUGUCACUCCAGAAGGCCAGGAAACAAACGUGAAAAACGUCGAACCAAACGAUACACCUAGCGACGACACAGAGAAGGACACCACAGACAAACAAGAGCAUACAAAGCGGUCUGAGUGUAAUUUCGGAUGUGGCAUGUCCACAAAAAAGGAAGCAUCUUUUGAUACACUGGAUGUUAGCGAAAUGUCGAGCGACUACUCCCAAGUUACGCUUGGUAGAACCACAGUUGUGUAAAAACAUACACAAGUUAGUCCGAAGGGGAUUGGUAUAGGACUGGUAUUUUAUUAAGUUUUCUACAUGUGUUACUAUUAAUGGUAACAAUAAUUUUUUUAAAUAAAACAAUACGGUCAUUUUAUUUGUCACCAUCACAUUUUCCUAAAUUUAUUAUAUUAAGGAAUGCGGUAAACGUAAUGAAGCUCAGGGAAAGGUAUAUACUAAAUACUUGUUAAGCAUCACCUAAAAUAGCAACUUUAAAAGUGGCACCUGUUUAGUUGUUAGUGCCAGCAGGAAACUGAAUCUCCUAAGACUGUAAUAGCAAGUAUGAUAAUCAUCACUAGUCCAUUUUGAUGUUAUGAUAUAGAUGACAUCCUUUGGGAACGUCAAAACUGAUCCUAUUGUGCGAACAGAAAAAAUUGGCCAAAAAUAAUAACUUUUAUCAUAAAAUCUAAGUAGGAAUAGUUUACCAAAUGACAAAACAGAGUAUGGAUACUGGGCAAUAUAUUCUUGUUUUUUGUCCUUUCACAUAUUCGUCUUUGCUUUGACCUUGGAAUUUACGUUGGUAUUCUAUAACAUUAGUAUACGUGUUAUGAUAAGUUUGGUGCAAUUCUGCAGCUGUUUUGUAUGAAAUAUAUGAUAUUGAAAACUUUUUAAAUUUAUUUUCUGUAAAUGGCCAAAAUAGAUAUGCAAUCGAGGUUGCCAUCAAUGUAGUCAAAUCAAUAUGGCCUUCAAUGUAAUAAGUUUGUUAAGCUACAUGCAUUUGAAAGAUGAUGUGCAAUGCAAUUUUAACCAUCAAAUAUUCUUUCUUGAGAUUUAUUUAUCUGUGAUUUUAAAAUGAUACGACGAUAUACUGAAAAGUAAGGACUUAAUUGUCAUGCAUACGUAGGUGUAGGUGUAUGUGUAGUCGUACGUGUAGGUGUAGGUGUAGGUGUAGGUAUAGGUGUAGGUGAAGGUGUAGGUGUAUAGUUUUGCCUCGACAAAGCUACAACACAAUAACUAGUACCCAUGAUCGACGUUUUGAUAAGUGUUGUUAUGACCCGUAGUGUAUUAUUAUUUAUAAUUUAUAUACAUAUAAUUAUGUAGAAUGUUGUACAGAGUAUAGUUAGGAAUCGUUUCGCUAUUCGUCCUGGCGUCGGUAACAAUUCAUGAGCAAUUAAAUAAAACGUAACAAACUUGA